UCUCUCUCUGUCCUCCUCGCCUCCGUCUUCGCCCGCAGCCAUGGCGCACCAGUUCAUCGGCGCUCUCAUCAGCCUCACGUCCAAGUCCGAGGUGCGCUACCAGGGCCGCCUCGUGUCGCUCAACAGUGAGCAGGCGACCAUCUCGCUCAAGAAUGUGCGAGCAUGCGGCACCGAAGGGCGCCUCGCCGCGCUUGGGCGCCCGUACGAGGAGAUGCCGGGCAGCGAGAACCGCUACGAGAGCAUCGUGUUCCGCGCCGCCGACGUCAAGGAUCUGACGAUCGACGACCCGAACCCGGAGGUCGCGCCGCCGCCUGCGCAGCCGGCCUUCCAAGAUCCGGCCAUCAUCGGUUCUACGCCUGCUCCAGCACCUGCUCCAGCUCCGGCGCCGGCAGCAGCUCCAGCGCCUGCCGCUGCGCCCGCUGCCGCUCAGGCUUCCGCUCCGAGCGCUGCCGCCGCUCCCUCGCAGCCCGCGGCCUCGAGCGAGGGCACCACGGCCGCCUCGCUGGCCUCGUCCAUGGGCAACCUCUCUGUUGGCAGCGCGCCGCCGGCCAAGGCGCCGCAGCAGGCCAACGGCCGUCCCGCAGCGCCCAGCAGCGCCAACCUGCCCGCCGUGCCGCACGCCGCCGCCGCCGCUGCCGCGCGCCAGGGGCAGACGUCGCCUCGCCAGACGCGCGCCGUGCCCGGCUCCGGCGGCCGCGCUGCGCCGCGCGCCGAGCGCAGCGUCUUUGAUCAGGGCGCGGGGCGUGGCCCAGCCGCGGCGGCGCUCGUGGAGGUGCCCGACGCGGACUUUGACUUUGCCGCUGCGAACGCGCGCUUCGAGAAGGAGCGCGAGACCGCAGCGGGCUCGCCGGAGCAGGAGCGCGGCGCGGCCGAGGGCGGUCUGGAUGCGAUUCCGCCGCCUGCCGCGGAGCCGAAGAGCUUCUAUGACAAGAGCACGUCUUUCUUCGACAGCAUCUCCUCCGAAGUGCGCGAGCGGCACGAUCGUCGCGGCGGCGGCCAUGGCGGGCCGCGCAACCCUGCGCCCGAGGCACCGCACAACGGCAUGGGCGGCGGCCGUGGGCGUGGCGGAGCGCGCGCCAAUCGCAUGGCAGAGGAGCGCCGCAACAUGAGCACGUUUGGCGAGGUGGGUGACACGGCCGCCUUUGGCUCGGGACGCGAGGGCUUCCGGGGCCGCGGGCGGGGCCGUGUACGGGGAAGAGGGCGCGGCGCACCGCGCGGAGAGGGACAGCAGAACGGCGGCCUCUGAGACGCUGGUCGCUGCCCUCAAAAGUCACGCGCGCCCGGCGAGCGUGCUGCUCUCUGCCUGCGUCCGUCCUCGUCACUCUUGCAACUACACAGUU